CUAAAAUAAUGAGACAUUUUUCGAGAAAAAAAUUAAAUUCAUUGGCAAUAUUUGCAUAAAUCUAAAGUGAUUAGCAUAAAGCAGUUCAUAAGUGUACACUACGUCGAAAUAAUAUCAAAUUAGAGCAAUGAUGGAAGUGGAUAAAAGAGAGAUUAAACUAAAAAGGCAUAAAGAAUCGACAACAAAAAUGAUAUUAAAAAAUAAGAAUAAUAACAAGAGGCAGUUCAGUACCGGAGUUGGGGUUUCAAAAUUUUUCCUACCUGAAAAGCGGGCUCGUCGUAAUCGACAGAAAUUUCUACUCGGUGGUAACUAUACAGAUCCAUUGAAUCUAAAUAGUCUUCAGAAUGAAUCUGAAAUAACUGAUAAUGAUGAAGUGACUGUUGAGGAAGAAAAUGAGAAUAAAGUGGAACUGAUAAUACCACCAAACAUAAAUGAUCCAUUAAAUCUCCUUAGUCCUGUUGAUAAAACAGAGUAUGAACUUCAAUUGUCGGGAAAUUUGAGGAAGAAGCGUCAACGAAAACGAUAUAAAUCUGGAUCAGAGCAUUAUCCAAGGAAGAAAGUAGCAUUUGCUGGAAAAAUGGGAACAUCACCAUCGCAAAGAGAUCUUGCACAUGCUUAUGACUCGAACGUAUCGAAGGAAUCAUCAGAUGAUGAACAAGCUGACCCAUCAUGGGAUCUUAUUGAUAAAAGUGCUCAAAAAGAGACAUCCAGAAUCAGUCCGGUAAUGAGAAAAUCUAGUACUUCCGUUGAUGAUUCUAAAGCUGCUGAUCCAACUUUGUUAACAGAGACAAAACCAGCAGUUGUCGAUGACGAUGAUGCAUUUGAUGAGGAAGGAGCUAAAACUAAGAAGCCAGAUGAGAAUGCAGUAAAAAAGCCAUCAUUUCAAAAGACAGCACAUUGUCAGUAUGGAAAUUAUAAUCGAUAUUUUGGCUUUGAAAGCUUGAAUAAGAACAUGGAUGUGCGCUUAAAAAUAUUUCAACGCAAUAUUCAUUUGUUUAAAAAUAAGGAUGUCCUGGAUGUAGGCUGUAAUUGUGGUCUCAUGACUUUAUCUAUAGCUAAAUAUUUCUCACCAAAAACAAUAACUGGAAUCGACAUUGACAAGAAGCUAAUUGGCAUAGCACGCAGCAAACUAAAGAAAUAUGUAGCAGUGCCGAAUCAAUUGUUAGAGACCAACUUAUCGACUGAAGCAGCAAAAUAUCGUCAUAAAACCGAAUGCUUUCCAAUGUCAUUUCCUAUUUGUUAUGGAAAUUUAAGUGUGGCUUUUAAACAAAUUCAGAAGAAAAUGCAAACUCCACAAACACUACCGUCAACACCGCAAACACCACAAAAUGAAGCACAAAAUUUAAGAAUACCUGAUAAUAUAUCUUUUGAAGAAAUGAACUACGUGCCUAAAGAUGAAGUUAAUGUAUUUCAUGAUGCCGAAAAAUACGAUUUAAUCCUAUGUCUUUCGGUCACCAAAUGGAUACAUCUUAAUUGCGGCGAUCAAGGAUUAAAGUUGACAUUUAGGAAGAUCUUUAAUCAAUUGAGGCCUGGCGGGAAAUUGAUUCUAGAAUUGCAAAAUUGGCCUAGCUACAAAAAGAAGAAGAAGAUGACUGAACAAAUUUAUGAGAAUUACAAAAAUAUCAAAUUUCAUCCCUCAAAUUUUGCCGACUUCUUAUUGAGUCAAGAAAUUGGAUUUAGUCAUUUCUAUACGCUUGGUGUAACACAACAUUUGAGUAAGGGCUUUAAGCGUCCAAUUUAUUUGUUUGUUAAGGGUGAAUUUACACCGAAAGCUGCCUGCAAAUGGAGCGAUGUAUAUUUCCCAUCACUUACGCCAUAUCCACGCCGUUCGAUGGUUUAUACUAGGCCAAUGAACAUCCGAUAUACAACAUGGUUAAGUCCAAUGCCUUCGCCACAUCCAAGAGUACUGAGUCAACAUGGAACACCAUACUAUAAUCCACAACAAUCGGAUUACAUGCCAAGCUAUGAUGAUGUCCCACGCAAUCAGUUUCCUUUCAUGUCACCAAGUUCUCAUUCAUCGUCGCCUAGGUCACCUAGUAGUUCAAGUAAACGAAGUAUCGAUGAUGACCAACAUUCACCAUUACGGCAUCAUUUGUAUCAUCUCAUAACUGAUCCGCCAAAAAGCUCCACUGAUACACAAAAUAGCAAUGAUUAGAGUGAAUAACAUGAACUUAUACAAUAUUUUCUAUUAGAUGCAGAUAAACUCUUUUUUUGUUUGUCACAUGUACAAUUUCGGAAAAAAGAGAGAAGACGAAAUUGAAGAAGAAGAAGAAAAAAUUGUUUGAGUUUGAAACAAAUGAUUUUUUAAUUUAAUUUCUUAUCAGUUUCCUUUCGUCACAUACAUACAUUCAAAAAAAGAAGUUUAUCGCGCUUUCAGAAAAAAU